AUGGCUCGUGGACCGAAGAAACAUUUGAAACGGCUUAGUGCCCCAAGUCAUUGGAUGUUGGAUAAACUUACGGGAACUUAUGCUCCAAGACCAUCAGCCGGACCUCAUAAGCUUCGUGAAUGUUUACCUCUUGUUAUUUUCUUGAGAAACCGUCUUAAAUAUGCCCUUACCAAAAAGGAAGUACAAAGCAUUUUAAUGCAACGUCUCGUAAAGGUAGACGGCAAAGUCCGUACUGAUACCACUUACCCUGCCGGAUUUAUGGAUGUUAUAUCCAUAGAAAAAACCGGUGAAAACUUCCGUCUUAUUUAUGAUACUAAGGGUCGGUUCACUAUCCAUAAAAUAACUGCUGAUGAGGCUACUUAUAAAUUGGCCAAGGUUAAAAAGGUUCAGUUUGGUGCUAAAGGAAUCCCAUAUCUUGUAACCCAUGAUGGCCGUACAAUCCGUUAUCCUGAUCCUAUUAUCAAAGUUAAUGAUACUGUUAGACUUGAUUUAGAAACUGGCAAGAUCAUUGAGCAUAUCAAAUUCGAAGUCGGAAACAUUGUUAUGAUCACGGGCGGUCGUAACAUGGGACGUGUUGGAAUAGUAACUCAUCGUGAGCGACAUAUUGGAGGUUUCGACAUUAUCCAUGUUAAGGAUGCCAUGGAUAGGCAAUUCGCUACACGGUUAACUAAUGUCUUUAUUAUUGGUGAGAGUAACAAGCCUUCGAUCUCAUUGCCAAAGGGUAAAGGUGUCAAACUGACUAUCUCUGAAGAACGUGACAGAGCCGCUCAUCAGUAG